AUAAAUUCACUCUACUGUUUUGAUUUUAACGUUUUAUCGGUUUUUGUUGAUGUUUACAUUUCAUCAAAACUUUGAAGAUGAAUUGUGGGUAAAUGUAAACAAAAAUGGCGGUCGCUUAGUGUAAAUUGACAUUUCGGAUUCUAUCGAUAGAUGAUGAUUUUUCGUCGCAUAGGCAAUGUUUCGGUUAAGUUUAUUGACUGCGGUAAAGGAUUGAUUAACUUACACCUGGUGGACGAUGACAUUAAGUUGCAAAAGUUUUCGUAUUUAAAAUGACGAUCAAACGGAGAGAUUUUCAGAAAGCAGCAGCAUUUAUCCAUGAAUUUUUGUUGAAACUCCAAGACGAUUCAGAAUGUGCAGAGUUAAGAGACUCUUUAAAUCUUGCAUUGCUGCAUAUGCAGAAAUACUACAGAGUUCUGCAGACCCGGAAUCAAGAGAAAAAUCUUGCUGUUAACUUGUCACUGACUGCUCGAGGACUUAGCCCAAUGACACCGUUUGUUGAUGCUCCUGAUAAAUUUCAAUACAAAUGGAUUAAUUUAGACAGUGCCAGAUUGAAGGCUUCAAUGACAGUGGAUGAGAGCAUGCACAUUACUAACCUUCCUCCAAUGAUCCAGGCAGCAAAGGAAGGAAACACAGACUUAAUCAACGACAUCAUUCAUUCAGAUCCAGCCAGUCUAGAUGACCAGGAUGGCCUGGGCAGGUCAGCGCUGACUUAUGCCGUUCAUUUCCAUCAGAUGUUGGCUCUUCAGUGUUUACUAGAGGCAGAGGCCAAUCCUAAUGUCACAGCUCACGAUGGUUCAACAGCCAUUCAUCAGGCGUGUCAUGACUCCAACAGCCAGGCUCUCAGUUUGCUGCUGCAAUACGGUGGCGACUUCACUAUACCGGACACGCAGGGCCGUGCACCUAUCCACUGGGCCUGUACAACUCCCAGCACAGAGUGCUUAAAGCUACUAAUCCAGCACCAUGCAGAUGUCAACAUCCGUGACAAGGAUGGCCUGUCUCCGUGCAUGUGGGCAUGUAGACUGGACCACAUAGAGCAUUUCCAGUACCUGAGUCAGGCGGAGACAUUCCAUGUGGACGACGGUGAUGGCAUUGAGCGUGACCUCAUCGGCCGCACCUGGAUGCACUGGGCUGUGAGAAGAAUGGAGCCCCUAGAAUGCCUUCAGACUCUGUUGACACAAGACACGGCAGCUAUCAAAGAUGAUGAGGGAAGAACAGUGCUACUGACAGCAGCUGAACUCGGUUCAUUGGCAGCCUGCAAGAUCAUUCUGGAUAUUGGUGGUGCACACUGCAUCAGUGAUCGUGACGCACAAGGGCGCAAUGCUCUCCAUCUUGCAACAAUUGGGGGACAUGGAGACGUUGUAAACUUUCUCUUGGACCAGUCUGCUGACCUGUCGGUGGUUGAUAAAUUCAACGCCACGCCAUGGGAUUACGCCAAGAACCGCCAGCUGCACUACUGUCAGCUGAUCAUCAUGUCUCAUCAGCGGCAGCGCCUGGUCAGCAAUCCCACAAGCCCCCUGCCUAACGGUCUUGGGCUAAUGAUGAACGGCGCAAUGGGUGGCUACUUCUCACGUGGAGACUUCGAAAACAGCAUGGAUUUUGAUUAUGCUAGUACACGGGGCAGUGUAGACAGCAUGCCUAUCACACCACCACAUCCGCCUAAACGACCCCGCACCUCGGGAAUGCCAGUACGACGAUCAAGAAGCUUGGGUUCCAAAGACAGAGACCGGGAAAGGCUGUCUGCCAUGUUUUCCCGUGGGAGCACAAUCAGUAGAGAAUCGUCCAAUCUGAGUUCAUCCACCAUCGGAGAUCGACGAGUGGUGAAUAGUGCCUCAGAAAUGCAGAAAAAAAACGAAAGGAUUGAGGUGUCAGUGACCACCAGAAGGACAGCGUCCCAGGACGGAUACAUGAACCAGGGCCCUGGCCGCUAUCCCCAAAAUGGUCACCAUGGAUACACAAGGCAACAAAACAGGGAUGAGAUUGCUAUGGCAACAGAUGACAAUGUUUACGAGGUUUUGGAAGCGCCAGAUGAGGAUCUGGAUGGUGUCAGUGUGGGUGGCAUGGACGUGUCAGACAUUGAUGAUGAUGACCACGCCCACCCACCCCCAACGGCCCGUGGGCCUCCCGAACCACGCCAACCAGGAGCCCCGCGGCCCGGUCCCAUGGCCCGACCCAGUCAGCCCCCACAUCAACCUGCACCACCACGAUAUGCACCCAGACCUCCUGGUAGCCAGAACUUCUCAAAUACAAUGCCAUCCUACAGACGUAGUACAGAUUACAACGAUGAUAUUAAUGGGCCCAGUAUGGACAUGCAAGUGCGUCCACCCAUGCGUUCUUCAAACCCUCUCCCUGGUGCCCAGCGCGGCCCAGUCAACUACUACAACAACCGGACACCGUCUCCUAAUCUGGCUGAGACAUUUCCACCCUCUCAGGCAAACCGAUCCCGCCCCUCCCCAGCACCUAGACCUGCCAGGUUGCAGCCAACACCACCCAAGCCUCAGCAGAGGCAGACCCCUUCCCCGCCUGCCGCCACAGGGAAUAGACCAGGAUCUGGGUCACGUGACAGUCUGCUUAGUCCACCGUCUAGUGACCAAGCCAAUCGGGACAGCCGGCCGGACUCUGGAGGCAACAAACCACCAGGCAUGCUUGAAGGCAAGAAGAUCCUUCCUCCUCCAAUGUUGAUGCCCCUCGAGAAUGCACCCCGUCCUAAUCUGAACAGAGAUGGCGGUAAACCUCCGAAAAAGAAGAAGAAAAAGCGCAGAGAAAACCGUGGCAACACAGAUAACGACCUUCAGAGAGAGUUGGAUGUGCGUUCCCCUCCUGAUGCUCCGGAGAAUCUGACCCCACCCCGGGGGUUUGCGGCCCCACUGCACCCACCACCAUCUGCUACUGUGAGGCCACCAAGGGCACAGUCUGGAAUCCCGUCUCCUAAGUACUCGAAGGGGGCACCACAGAAACACGAACCAAUCAGGAAUGCUGAGGAAGGCAUGGAUCUGUCCAAGGAUGAAACAGCUGACCUAGAUGACCGCCCGCCCAUGGUCAAUGGUAUGGCUGUACCAAUACGGGAGGGUCCCGGGCGAUCAGCACGACCCGGAAAGCGGGUACAGCCCAUGGACACUAGUGACGAGUUUGAAAUGAACGGUGAUUUGACCAAUGGGGAUGGACUGCUGCAGGAGUCGGUGAUCAACGAGGAAGAUGACACCAUGAGUGUCAUCCCGCCUCCCCAGGCAUUUCGAGGUCCGUCUGCUCGACCUGGCCCAGGGAGAGCACUCUCACAGUCCAUACCUCAGGGUUACACUCCACUAGAGGAGCAGUCAGGCAGUAGGUUAUCAUCCACUGUGACAGCCGCAGUAGCACAGAGCGCACCAGUAGUGCAAAGCCCCCCCUGCCACGUGGCCGUCAGAGUGUCAACUCUGCCUCCAUGAGAUCCAAGAACCCGUCCCCACCCCGGCGACCCGCCCGACCCCCCAGAAAUGAAACAUAGCAACAAUCCACCAACUAUAGCCAGCCCUCAUUUGUAUGUGGCCAUCAGCAUAAUUUGGCUCCAUUGUAAAGCUGACUUGGAUCUGCGCUGUCUGAAAACUGGGCUUAAUUCACGUGCAUAAAGUGUCCGAACAGUCUUAUUAGAGACUACAAUGAACAUUUCUUCUGAAACUGGAUUUUUGCUGAAAAGAGACUUCUUUUAAAAAAAAUUUCCAAACCGCAAGAAAGUUAUGCCCCUGAUUACUACACAGGCUAAUCUGAAAGGACUCUUAAACAGACUGAAUAAAGCCUUGUUUUCCAAGGGCAUGGCUCAAUGACUUUUAAACAAACUGAAUAAAGCCUUGUUUUCCAAGGGCAUGGCUCAAUGACUCUUAAACAAACUGAAUAAAGCCUUGUUUUCCAAGGGCAUGGCUCAAUGACUCUUAAACAAACUGAAUAAAGCCUUGUUUUCCAAGGGCAUGGCUCAAUUAUUUGUUUUAAACUAUAUUUAUUUAGUAUAUUUGCUGUGUGUUUUGUGGGGACUGAGGUCUACAGAGCAUGAACAAUAGUACCCUUGGUGUCAUUUUAGAGCUACUGCUGAAUGUUUAUGUCAGCACUGAUAUGUUUUCAGGACAAUUCUACCACUCUCAAGAUUGUCUACAGUUUGUCUAAAACAAUCUGAACAUUUUAUUAUAUGCUAUUAUAUAUUUUUCACAACACUUCAAACAUAAAAAUCUUCAUUUAUUUUUGGAGAGGUUAUUCUAUCACAGCAGGUUCAGCUAUGACCAUGAUUCACAAGCAAGAUUAAUGUUCACAUGUAUAGAACAUUUCUUGCUCAUUGUUACAAGCAGUGGUAGUUCAAUUUAAUUCUUUGUAUAGCAUUUAAUUGAUCCUUCAUCAAUUCAGCGACAUAUAAUCCUCAUGACUGGCAACUCAUUAGCAACUCAGGUGAUUGUUUACCCCCCAUCAUGGAACUUGAGUCUUGUGCCCUGUGUCUUCAUGCAUGAACACACGCUCUUAUAAGUUGAGCUGCUUUCAGGGUAAACUAGGCUUUAUGCAUAUGAUUUAAGUGUCGUCCCAGAUUAGUUUGUCGUGUCUGCACAGUCUGAUCAGGGACGACUUUUUUUCACCUUAAGUUGAUUUUCUUCAAGAAGGGAUUAACUAAAAAAAAAUGCAUAUCAUAGGAAAGUGUUGUCCCUCAGUAGCCUGUUCCUCAGUAGCCUGUUCCUCAGUAGCCUGUUCCUCAGUAGCCUGUUCCAAAUGCGCAGGCUAAUCAAGGACAACACUUUGAGCUCGCAUAUUAUAAGCCCAGUUUUUCCUGAACAAGCCUCAUAUAAACGCAUGUUUGUGUAAGUUGUUUUCAGUAGGGAUGGAGUAAUGACUACUGGUAUAUUAUUGCUAUGUUAACUUGUACCUAUCCUUUUAUGUUCAUGUUUUUUGUUAUAUGUAUGGAAUGCACUGUUAUUUUGCGCACUAUGUUAAUUUAUUACAAUAUUCCGUCCAGAUUUGUUGUUUUGUUUCAUUUUCAGCUUUAUAAUUAUUGCAAAGUUGCACUUCUAGUACCAUGUAUUAACAAAGUUUCUGUUAUACGUCUAUCAUCCAGUGUUUUACUGGUUACACAGCUUUACAUAUUUCCAUGGACAUUAACCAAAUUGUUGUUUGUACAGAAUCACCAGUAUCUUGAACAUGAUAUGAACCAGUUUGGCCAGAAGUUUCAUCCUACAUUGUGUCAAUCCCAUGAGAUAUUAGAAACUGUGAUAUCAUAUUUUAUACUUAUGUACUUAGUAAUGUUCCUUUGAUUGUGUAGUCUUGGGUUAUAUUCACAAAGCUCCCUAAAGAUAACUUGAGUCAGACUUAAGUUGAAAACCAAAAACAUUCUUAUGAAAUCAUUAUAAUACAUAGCUUUGUCAGACUUAAUGAUGUGUGUAUCAUUGUUUAUCUCUUACUAAUGCAGGAAAUUUGAUGAGGAUCGUCAUCAAAUGUGUCUCACCCCUUUUCCUUUGUGGAAUUAUUUCAAUAUUCAUUAUACUUAUGUCAACGCAGGAAACACUAAAUUUGCAUCCGAAAUACUUCAAAAAAUAAAUUUGAUGUGUUAAG